AUGUCACAUUUCAUAUCGGAGCCGUCAUCCCCCAAUAGCAGGAGACCUGAUGAUUGCUUGGGGGCGGCCACAAUUGAGCCCGCUCGGGCCCCAGCUAUCUGUGUCAGGCAGUCCUCCAGUCGAGUUGGUCUUGGGGUCUUUGCGGAAACCAACAUCUCUCAUGGUGCGCUGAUUUUCCAAGAAAGACCUGUUUUCGAGGCCACUCACGACAACUACUGUGAGACAUGCUUAAAGGAUGGCCCGGAAACGUAUAAAACCCUUUCUCCCAAGAGGAAGGCACUGAUGCAGGCUGCCUUUCGGCCACUCGCAAAUGCGGACCAAAUUCCGCUGUCGAAAGCAUACGAACUACUUCCUGAAAUCGGCAAAAUGGUUCGCCAGCCGACCAUGGUCGAGUUCGAUGUGACCCUGGAUCAAUACAAGUCGGGCACAUCGUCGUCUUCAUCCCCAAGGUGGCCGACACAAUACGACAAACAGAUUUUAAAAUUUGUCCGCUUGUACGCCUUUCGCGCACCGGAGGAUUGCGGAAACAGGAGGCAUGGCGCAUACAUCUAUCUCAUCGGCUCAUUGAUCAACCACAAGUGCAGCAAGUUCAACUGCAACUUUAGCUUUCAAGACGGCGAGAUCCGGGUAAUUGCCAGGACUAAUAUCACAAAAGGCCAAGAGUUGAGCAUAAACUAUGGAUCACCAGCGUUUGACUGUUUUUGCGAGGAAUGCGAAGACAUAAGAAAGUCACAUAACCAUUAUCGUUUGAGUUGUACGAUGAGUUAA